AUGUUACAACGGCAAAACCACGCUACACUCACACCCACGGAGGCAGACGCCUUAUCCAUUAGGCCACGCGGGCGCAACCCGCCAUGCUUCCACCCAUCGGCCGCCGCCGCCACCGUGGCACCAGUGACGCUACUUCCCAUGGCAAUACUACAUCGUCCGUCUCAUCGCUCCCACCAUAGGUGCGUCUCUGUGGAGUUGGGAAUGUGCCACUUGAAUAAAGCCACUCCUGCCUACCGGCAUACCUGGCGGCGGUGGAGGAGAAAAGGUAUCUGCACUGCUUCUCCUCCACACCCCCUCCACACCCCCUCCUCUCACCUCCCAUCGCCUCAACUCACCUCACCUCCCUUCCCCUCUUCCAUAUUCCACUCUUUUCCAUUCUACUCACUUUCACUGCCUCCAAAUCUCGCUUCCAGACUGACCGAGGGAAGCGAAAGACAAGUGCGAGAGAGCGAAGACCCCAGCCAACGUGGAGUGACUAAUUGUGAGGGUGGGCGGCGAGGGAGGAGGGGGAGGUGGGAGGAGUCGUGCGCGGAAAAGGAGAUGACAGCGGCGGGAUUCGAACCCGCGCCAUUUCUGACUGUCAUACAAUUGCCAUUCUCCCCAACUCCACCUUCACCACCUUCACCACCUCACCCACUUAUCACGCCUCCUCCCCACUGCACUGAACGCCACGCAAAGUUGAUAAUGAUGAUGACUCGGUGGCUUGUGAGGAGUGAGGGCAGUGGCAGUGCGAAGAGAAGGCGAAGUGGCGGAGUGUUGGAGGUGGUAGUGUGGGGGGCAAAGAGCACAAGAGCAGCCGGCAAAAGGGCUCAGCCGGGAUUUGAACCCGGGACCUCGCGCACCCGAAGCGCGAAUCAUACCCCUAGACCACUGAGCCGCGCUUCUCCCUCCCCUCACCACCACACCCCCCACCACCAUCCCACCUUUUCUCCUCCACCGCCGCCAGGUAUGCCGAGACGCACCUAUGGUGGGAGCGAUGAGACGGACGAUGUAGUAUUGCCAUGGGAAGUAGCGUCACUGGUGCCACGGUGGCGGCGGCGGCCGAUGGGUGGAAGCAUGGCGGGUUGCGCCCGCGUGGCCUAA